ACUCCUUUAGUCACGUGGGCUAUGUUCAAAUAGCCGUGUUCGUAAACAUGACUCAAUCUGUGAUUGUGCAUGUACAAAUUGUGUGAAAGGUUAAGUUUCCUCAUAGAAAAGGAAUCAUCUUGUGUUUCAUGAGCUUAGACCUUAAAACAGCGCAGUGUUUGGAGCUCACCCUGCCCGCGGGCGCACGUGUGCUGAUUGUCUCGUGGCGAGGCUCAGUGCGCUGGACACUUUGGAGAGACAACUCAAUAAUGGAUUACGCUUCAAAAUACAUCAGCCUUCUUGCACCUUCAUCUCUUUCCAAGAGUUUGACAGUUCCCCCGCGGCCUAAACCAUUCAGGGUGACCAACGCGGACCGCAGUACGAAGAAGGGUCUCACCGCACACGGGCUGGAGGACCUGCUUCACAAGGUCAAAGAGUCGCUGGCCAUGUCAUAUGAGAGUACGCUGGUGCUGGACGAAGAUGGGACAGAAAUCGACACAGAAGAUUUCUUUCAGACUUUGCCUGUAAACACUGUUUUCAUGAUUUUGGACAAAGGACAGAAGUGGAGCCCACUUUUGAGCAGCCCCCGGGAUCAGCUGAGAAAGUGUGAGCAGGACCGGACAGAUGUGGCAAAAAUCACAUUAGACCUCUACAAGAACAACCCCAAAGACUUCAUUGGCUGUUUGAAUGUAAAGGCCACUUUGUAUGGGGCCUAUUCUGUCUCCUAUGAUCUACGCUGCCAUGCUGCUAAAAAACUAUUAAAAGAGGCGUUGCGCUGGACGGUCUUCUCCAUGCAGGCCACGGGGCACCUCCUGCUAGGCUCGUCCUGCUACAUUGAGCAGCUGCUGGAGGAUGAGGGGAAGAUGAGCCUUAUGCUGCCCUCUGACAGCAUGGUCAAACACUUACAGGGCAUGCUGCUGAGACGGCCAUUCUACUGACCAUGGACUCUAAAGACACCUGCGCCCACAUAACCUGCUCACACAAGGACACUUUUCUUUUACUCCUCUUGUUACAUGUUAAAUAAAUGAUAAACAUUUGUUAUUUUCAAUGGCUUGUGUUGUUGCUACAAUAAAAAACAUGUUUUAUAAGUCGA